UCCUUGAAUGUGUGGAUUAAAACAAGGUAUGAAAUAUCUGAGGUUUGGAAAAGCCUUCUCUAGUGCUAUUUCAUGCAGAGUAUUUGCAUGUCUCAGCAGCAUCAGCCAAGGUUUCUUGAAGCUUAAACCCAUCCACCUUGGAAAAGCUGGGUUUAGGUAAGGGUGUAGUUAUUUGCCAAAAUAUUUGGAGUGGGGGAGAAAUCUUUAUUUUUUUGAGUGAAAAUAUUCUGUAAUUGCAAAAUUAACCACCAAUACUUUUAUAUACUUUGGAGAAAGCUUUUCUUGGCUAACAGAUUCAAACAUCCAUAAAUAAUAAUAGUAAGCAACAUUUAUUGCAGGCAAUCUUGUGGUAAGUCAUUUAUAUACAUCAUCCCAUUAAUGAUGUAUUUCCAUACAACCCUGUGAAUGGAUGUUUUUAUUCCUAUCAUAUAUAAAGAAAGCGAGGCACAGAGAUCACGCAAUCAGGUGACCUUGAGUUGGAAUGUAAACUCAAGUUUACCCUUUAUUCACCACCUAUAUUCCUAUAUCCUCUAACUGCGAAGGAUGGGGCAAGUCACUUACAUUAUGGACAAAUUUUUUUAACGGGAGUUGCCCACAGAACGGAGUCUAGAGCUUAGAAAAAACACACUUAAUUAGGUUUACCCCUAACUUCCGGACCCCCAUUUCUAGCACUUCUUUGGGGAUGAACCUUCUGUAGAACGAAGCUGCUAGAAAGGGAGAGGUUCUUUUCUGAGACGAGCCAAUGAGAUGGCUGCAUCAUGUGAGUGGCACGUCGUUUAGCCAAUGGGUUCAGCCCUUGAGGCCUCGCGAGAAGACCAGAAAUUGGUCUGGAGCAUGUGGGCCUUUUGGCGUGUCGGGGGCGUUGAGCACCGGGUUCUCCUGAAGGCCAGCAGAGCGGGGCGACGGCUGGAGAUUGGUAAUUUAUCAGAAUAGGAUCGACACCAGUGUCCUCUGCAGCCGUUGAAUGGAUCCUGUCCAACCACCCUUCAGGGGCUCUUCUGUGAACCCAUCUCAGUGUGUACGGAUGCCUGGCUCUUGGCUACAAGCUCCUAAACCUUUGGACUCAGCGCUGGGCAGGGCAGGAUCUACAGGCAGAGGCCAUGUAUUUGGGAAGCCAGGGGAACCAAGCCCACGGAGUGGGCCAGCACAAAGGGAAUGUGUGGAUUUGGUCUCCAUGUUCCGAGGACUGGGCCUUAAAACAGUGUCUCGGACCCCUCUGAAACGGGAAAUGCCUCCAUUAGGUAGAGGCAUUUUAGGUCGAGGCUUGUCUACCAGUAUGGUACGCAAGGACAAAGAAGAACCCCAUCCCACUUUUCCGGAUCCUUCAGUGCUGGCAGCUGGGGAUAACAAGAUGGCAGAGGCCUGUGUUGGUUGGAAUAGAAUGCUUGGAAGAGGGAAUUCGGAUAUGUCUUUAUUCCCUUUGGGAAGAGCAGCUGGUGGUAUAGGCAGAGGAGUAUACAAGGCUCCUGCUACUCUCAGCUUGACUUCUCGGGAUCCUGCCCAGCUGUCAUCACCACCACCUCUGCCCCCAUCCUCACCACACUCUCUGGAUCACCCUCUACUUGGGACUGUAGAACACAAGGGAAAAGAGCUUUUUGUGAAGCAAGGAUCAAAAGGUACACCUCAAUCUUUGGGAUUGAAUCUUAUAAAAAUACAGUGUCAUAAUGAAGCAGUCUAUCAAUAUCAUGUGACUUUCAGCCCCAAUGUGGAGUGCAAAAGCAUGAGGUUUGGCAUGCUGAAGGACCAUCAAGCUGUCACCGGCAACGUUACUGCUUUUGAUGGAUCCAUUCUCUAUCUGCCUGUUAAACUUCAGAAACAAGUCCUUGAGUUAAAAAGUCAAAGGAAAACUGAUGAUGCAGAGAUCAGCAUUAAGAUUCAAUUGACAAAGAUCCUGGAGCCCUGUUCUGACUUGUGCAUUCCCUUCUACAAUGUUGUUUUCCGUCGGGUAAUGAAACUUCUAGAUAUGAAGCUUGUAGGGAGAAACUUUUAUGACCCUACAAGUGCUAUGGUUCUACAGCAGCACAGGUUGCAGAUCUGGCCAGGCUAUGCAGCUAGUAUCCGAAGAACAGAUGGAGGUCUUUUUCUGCUAGCUGAUGUCUCCCAUAAGGUCAUUCGGAAUGAUUCAGUGCUGGAUGUCAUGCAUGCCAUGUAUCAGCAGAACAAAGAAAACUUCCAGGAUGAGUGCACUAAGCUUCUGGUUGGCAAUAUUGUUAUAACCCGAUACAACAAUCGUACCUAUCGCAUUGAUGAUGUGGAUUGGAAUAAGACACCAAAAGAUAGCUUCACAAUGUCUGAUGGGAAGGAGAUCACAUUCUUGGAAUACUACAGCAAAAACUAUGGGAUCACAAUUAAGGAAGAGGACCAGCCACUGCUGAUCCACAGGCCCAGUGAGAGACAGAAUAACCAAGGGAUGCUGCUGAAAGGUGAAAUCCUGCUGCUGCCUGAGCUUUCAUUCAUGACUGGAAUCCCUGAGAAGAUGAAGAAGGACUUCAGAGCCAUGAAGGAUUUAACCCAGCAGAUCAACCUGAGCCCCAAACAGCACCAUAAUGCUUUGGAAUGCUUGCUGCAGAGAAUUUCGAAGAAUGAGACAGCUAGCAAUGAAUUGGCGCGCUGGGGACUCUGUCUCCAGAAGGAUGUACAUAAGAUUGAAGGACGUGUUCUGCCAAUGGAAAGAAUUAACCUAAGAAAUACUUCAUUUAUCACAUCUCAGGAACUAAACUGGAUUAAGGAAGUAACCAGAGACCUUUCCAUCUUGACUGUCCCCAUGCAUUUCUGGGCACUGUUUUACCCAAAGAGAGCAAUGGAUCAGGCCCGAGAACUGGUUAAUAUGUUGGAAAAGAUAGCUGGCCCCAUUGGUAUGCGCCUGAGCCCACCAGCCUGGGUUGAACUAAAGGAUGAUCGAAUUGAGACCUAUGUCAGAAGCAUUCAAUCCAUGCUAGGAGUUGAGAGGAAGAUACAGAUGGUUGUUUGCAUCAUCAUGGGAACACGUGACGAUCUCUAUGGGGCUAUUAAAAAGCUGUGCUGUGUGCAGGCUCCUGUGCCCUCACAGGUCAUCAAUGUUCGAACCAUUGGUCAGCCAACCAGGCUUCGGAGUGUGGCCCAGAAAAUUUUACUUCAGAUUAAUUGUAAAUUGGGUGGUGAGCUCUGGGGAGUGGAUAUUCCUCUGAAACAAUUAAUGGUGAUUGGGAUGGAUGUUUACCAUGACCCCAACCGAGGCAUGCGCUCCGUGGUUGGCUUUGUUGCAAGCAUCAAUCUCACACUGACAAAAUGGUAUUCACGAGUGGUGUUCCAGAUGCCUCAUCAGGAGAUUGUGGAUAGCCUGAAGCUAUGCCUGGUGGGUUCCUUAAAAAAGUUUUAUGAGGUGAACCACUGUCUCCCAGAGAAGAUUGUGGUAUACCGUGACGGAGUGUCUGAUGGCCAACUAAAGACAGUUGCCAACUAUGAGAUUCCUCAGCUACAGAAGUGUUUUGAAGCUUUUGAGAAUUAUCAGCCCAAGAUGGUAGUAUUUGUAGUUCAGAAGAAAAUCAGUACCAAUUUGUACCUGGCUGCUACCGAGCACUUUGUGACUCCCUCCCCUGGGACUGUGGUAGAUCAUACCAUAACAAGCUGUGAGUGGGUGGACUUCUACCUUCUUGCCCAUCACGUACGGCAGGGUUGUGGCAUUCCUACCCAUUAUGUCUGUGUUCUCAACACUGCAAACCUGAGUCCUGAUCACAUGCAGAGGUUGACUUUCAAGCUGUGCCACAUGUACUGGAACUGGCCUGGCACCAUCAGAGUCCCAGCUCCCUGCAAGUAUGCCCACAAGCUAGCUUUUCUGUCAGGACAGAUCUUGCAUCAUGAACCAGCCAUCCAGCUGUGCGAAAACCUGUUCUUCCUGUGACUGGGCAGCCAGGAUAUGGGUGCUUAGGGAGAUUAGACUUCUGAACUCAGCUGCAACUCAGGCAGGAUCAAGAGGGACCCAAGGGGUUUUUGUGUUGGUGGUGGGUUGUUGUGUGUGUUUGUGUGUGUGUUUUUUUUUUACCAACCUGGUAGAAUAAGAUUUCUUUUUUCUUUUUUUUCUGUUUUAUACCUGAUAUCACCAAGAAGUAAGUUCCAUUUCUAAAUAUCAGCUGGAAAUUUCCUUGUUGCCUUUGUAGAGCAAGUGGUGGCAGUACAGGUCCUGUAUAUAUGGAGGGGGUGAAUACAAGGGAACUUCUAAAAGCCCCCAUAGCCAACAUGAGCUGUGGAAACCUGCAGAAACAGCAGUUACACCUUGUAAGUUAUGCUUACUAAGCACUCCCUAUUUCUGUGCCAGAGGUGAUAAUGAAUGAAGUCAUUCCAAGUUUCUUGAAGUAGAGAGUUACUUUAUUUGGGCAACUGAGAAAGGUAGUAAAAACACCUGUGAGGCAAAGUUUUUCUAGAUAUUGUGAUUGCUAGUAAGUGUGAAAGGCACGUAGUAAAACCAGCUGGUGGCAUAGUCAAGUCCUACUGACCUAAUCUUGUCUGGGAAUUGAGUUUAUGACACCUGUGCCUUGAGUUGGCUUUGAAGCUUUGAAAGGGGCAUUUAGCCAUUCCUUGGCCUCCUGAGAAAGGCCAGAUGAAGUUUUUUUCUGUAUAUUUUAGUUGCUUUACAGUGUACCAUGUUGAUUUCUUCCUACACCACCUACCCCGCCCACCCCACCCCCCCACACAUUGGCUCUUUGUUAUUGAUCUUUAAUAAAGUUUCAGCUUUUAAAUUAAGAAUCAGAACACGGUGAAAUUCAACAGCUAGGAAGAUUCAUGAUGGAGUGAGUCUUUCUUAAACCUUUUUCCUGGGUGUGUGGCCUUCUUUUCGUUGAUGUGUUUGUAAAUGGAAUCACUCAUUUCCCUUGCUCAAUAACCUAUUCCUGGCUGUUGGCUCAUAUUGUUAGGAAUUUUUCUGAAUCCAGCUUAAGAUUUCCAAAAGUCAGCUUUGGAAAACAUGACACUCCUGCCAGAGUCCAGACAUUUCAGCUUAGAAAAUUGUCAAUAUGUCUGUGGGGUUUUUUUGUGUUUAUUUUUCCCUGUUUUAAAAUCCUCUGACCCCUUCAGGGUUAAUUCAGUUUUAACUUGCUUUAACUGGUUUUAAAUGCCAAUUUUAUUUACCCAUUUCAAAUUUGUAUUUAUUUAUUUAUUUUUUGGAGUGAUGGCAGGGAGGGGACAAAGCAGAAACUCCCAUUUUAUAUAAUAGUGUCUGAGAAGAGAAACUUUAGCUUAAAACUCCUUAGAAGAAUAAAAGCAAGCAAGUUUUCAGUUUGUUGCAGCCCCACAGAGGUUGAGGAACUUUGAAUGAGUGUUGCUAGUCCUGAAGUGCACUCCUAGUUUCAUUUAGAGUGUGGGACAUAGGGCAAGGCUAAACUCUGGAAUUUAAAACCCACUGAAUCAAACAAAUUGGACCACUGGUCUCCGUCUCAACAGAUCAGCUUUCUGAUUCUCUGUGGAAGCAUUUUGAAUUUCUCUUUUGAAGUUGGAUUUCCUAAUACUCAUUUUCUCUUAUAUAAUCAGAAAAGACAAAUGCUUGAAUAUAAUACAAAAUUUCUUCACUUUU